CGAGUUGAAAACCACGCCGGCUCGGUCCAUAUCCUUCCGUGACACAAGCUACGAAUGGAGCCAGCACCAGACGACCUGAUCAGGUACAUCCCUCCUAGCGCCAAAUCCUCUCUCCUCGCGCGCAAAAUCGCCUCCAUUGAAGUCGUCGCCCACGAAAAGCUCCCCAACGGCGGCAACCAUUGGGCGUUCUACCUCCACACCAUUCCCUCCACUACUACAUUUUCUGAAUCACACUCAGAAAACGACCACCAGAUUAUCCAGCUCGACGUCUCCCCUUCCCACUCCAUUCCCUCUACCGUCCUCCCGGGUGGCUCAAAGGCCUUUCUCAUCCUUUCCACAAGCCCUCACUCACUCUCCAACUCUGGCACAUUUACAAAACGCCUCCCACUGACCGUACGCCAGAAGCCUGUUCUGCCCACCGUCCAGGAACUCGUGCACCUGUUGACUGUCAAACAACAUCGCCAUAAAUACGAGUUUGAUGACCAAGGACGCGGGUGCCGGUUUUGGGUGCGAGACCAGAUUCCAUACUUGCUCGAUGAGGGGAUAAUAAUUGACGAAGAGCAGGCGGAGUCCGCGCGUGAGGCGGUCUUGUUGGAGUUUCCGGGGGGAAAGGAGUUCCCAGUAACGAUUGGGAGAUAUUAUUAGUCUUUAUUUGCUCCUUUUUUUUUUUUUUUUUUCUCCCGGAAGCAAAGACCUUAGGUUGAAUACCAAGCCUUUUAAUACAGGGGGAUACUAACUGGCUACUUUAUAUUUGACACAAUAAAGUAACUAUAUCGGUGUU